UCACUGAAAUCUUUGAUAUGCACCUAAAUGAAAUUCUAUUACAACUGCAACAAAAUAGAUAUCAGUUUUCUGACCUUUUGAAUGCAUUUGAUGAAGACUGGGAAACUAUCGUCAAUGACUUUGACAUCACGAUCAAACAGUUGCUACUUGAUUAUGGUGUCAACUUGCGUAAUUUUGUGGCAACGACGGGAGCAACCUUGCAACAGUUACUUGAAGAGUUUAACUUAGAUUUUGACGAAUUUGUGAAGGAAACGGAUUCUACUUUGAACAACAUUCUUUCCACUUUUAAUUACGACUUGAGUAGUCUGGUUACUGACUUCCAUAUUACUUUGUCUGAUAUUGAAAAUUUGUUCGAUAUACCUUUCAAAGACGUUCUCAAGCAAUUCGAUUUGGACCUUCAAUCUGUGGAAAGAACGUUCAGUCUUACUAUACCUCAAGUUAUCAAGCAACUGAACAUGGAUAUUUCGAAGUUUCUUAGUUUAUUUGAUAUGUCCAUUCAAGAGUUUGUAAAACAGACAGGGGCUUCUAUCGAAGACAUCCUAAACUGGUUUAACAUCACCUUUGAAACCUUUGUCAAUGAAACCAAUUUAGCAUUAGACGAAAUAUUGAAAAUUUUCAACGUUGGAUUACAUGACGUGUUUGAAAUAGCCUCAAUGUCGGUCCAAGAUUUCAUUGACUUCUUUGGAUAUAGCAUGAAGACUUUUGUACAGUCAUUUGGACUAGGUAUUAACGAUGUACUGAAUGUCUUCGGUAUUGGAUUUGCAGAUUUUAUCAAGCUUAUGCAAUAUUCCAUAACGGAGCUUUUCUCAAUCUUUGAUAAUUUUUUUGAUGACAUUUCUGACUUGGUCCAAUGGCUUUUUGACAACCUUUCUAAGGAUGUAUGUGAAGUGAUCCACAUACUCUGCCCAUCUUUGUUCUCGUGCUUUGGCUUGGGAAGCUUAUGUGAUCUGAGAAGAACGGCUAUUCCAUUCAAUGAUAUUAGACAACAAACAGGCAAUCUUUACGUUUCUGUUUCCAGUUCUUCUCAAGGCUCAUGUUCUCAGAAGAAUAGUGGCUCACAAAGUAGUACCAGUAGUAGUAGUGGUGGUGGUAGUGGUGUAAGUUGUUUCUCAGGCAACUCCAGAGUUCAUCUCGACUCAUUCCAUACUAAAAGUAUGGAACAGUUGCAAGUUGGAGACAUCAUAUUAGACGCAAAAGGAAAGCCAACCCAAGUCAUAGGUUGGUUGCACAGGGAUGAAUAUCAAGAAGCAAAUUUUGCUCAUGUACAUUUUACAAACAUGAGCAAUACGCUUAUUAUAAGCGGAGAGCAUUUGGUAUUCUCAUCCAACGGAGCUAUCCAAUCCAAAACGAUUGUGCCAGGAAAUACUUUACUGAAAACUAACACUGGUGUAAUAACUGUUCAGUCCGUCAAGUGGUUCACAAGUAAGGGUGUUUAUGCUCCUCUUACAUCAUCGGGAACUUUAUUGGUUAAUGGGAUAGCUUGUUCUUGUUAUGCAUAUUUUCCUAGUCAUAGGGUUGCUAACCUAUUCGUCCCAAUGAUUUGGAAACUCUUGAGACCUUUUCAUAAUUAUCAUGACAUACUUUCCUUGGCACCAUUCGUGAUUCAGAGAUGGACAAGGCAUUUCAAAUAAAAUGGUUUCGUUUGUCUGUAACAACACAAA